UCACAUGCUCUGAAAACUCAAUCUGAACAAACAAAACUACUUCUUUCUAAUCUAUCUCUUACAGCACGCCAACACUAAUCUCUCUCUUCCUCUCUCUCUCUCUAAAAACAAGAAUCUCUUAUCUUGUUCCUCUCUCUCUCUCUCUCUCUCUAUCACACCAAUUCGUCUUUCCUUUAUCCAUUCUCCUCUUGUCGGUCAUUAAACAUCUGUUAUUACUCCCCCCAAUUCCUCUGUCUUUCCUCUUUUCGAACCCCCCAGAUAAUUUAUUUUCUUAAUUCCGAUCCUCUUCAUCAAAAUCGGUUCUUGAAGAUUUUUUACGGAGAUCAACGUUCUCUUCUUACCAGGAAUUUUUUUAGAUGGCUUCAUUACAAGGCCCUGUCGUUUGCCCUGUGAUUCGUGCGGAAAAAACCGGAUCGUACUUUGUCCCCGUCGAUUCACCUCUGAUGAAAGGUAGAUUCAUUAGAAAUGGUGUUAGAGGGAUCAAGAUUAGCCGGGGUAGUUUGGGUAAUCAACACCGUUCGAGGAAAUGCAGAACUAUCCGAGGCAGUUUCAGUUCCUCGUCGAAUGGUAACGGUAGCAUGGCCGGGAAUUCCAACGAGAAUGAUGCCGAUUACGUCAAUUCAACUGUUCUUGAAGCUGUCGAGGUUCGAAGUGGGCCCGAGGGUUUCAUGAUAAAGAUGAGAGACGGCGGCCAUUUGAGAUGCGCCCAUAAUAACCCGAAGGCCGCUCAUCUACCCGAUUACGCUCCUCAUCCUGCUAUUGUAUUGAAGAUGGAAGAUGGGACUGGCCUUCUUCUUCCCAUUAUUGUUUUGGAGAUGCCGAGUGUGCUUCUCAUGGCAGCUGUGCGUAAUGUCCAAAUUGCUCGGCCGACCAUGUAUCAAGUAGUGAAGGAUAUGAUUGAGAAAAUGGGAUAUACAGUGAAACAUGUACGUGUGACAAAGAGGGUGCACGAGGCAUAUUUUGCAGAGUUACUUCUCGCAAAGCCGGAUAAUGAAGGAGAGAGCGUAAGCUUCGAUCUUCGACCCUCGGAUGCCAUCAAUAUUGCUGUCAGAUGUAAGGUGCCGAUACAAGUGAACAAGUUUCUUGCGUACAGUGACGGCAUGAAGGUUAUUGAAUCUGCAAAGGUUACGGUGCAGAGCUCCGUCUCCGAAGGCCCGUUUUUCACUGAACUCGACAGACCUACCGGACAGCCUUGCUUUCAAACGAAAGAAUUCAAUCUAGUGCGGAACAUGCAAAUUGCUGCCGACGAAGAACGAUACACAGAUGCCGCUUUGUGGCGGGACAAGCUGACUCAGCUCCGGUCGAAGAGGAACUGGACAUAACACAUUCGACAAUCAAAUGUUUCUAUAUUUAAUUAAAUUGUACUGAAGUGGGAUGGCUUUGUGUAUAUAUAUCGAUGAGGCUGUUUUAAGUAAUUAAUUGUAUUAACCCCUCCAGCCCCCGGAAAUAAGUGUGUAGAAGCUUCUACCAUGUGUACCUAUAUGUGUGUGUAUAUAUAUAUACAGUUACAAUCUUCGUAAUUUUACUGUUGUAAUUUUAACAUGGAUGGAAGUGCACUGUAAAUAAACAGAUGCUUUUGUUGCUC